GCCCCUAUAUUAUAUAUAUAUAUAUAUGAAAGACCAACAAAGAAUAAAGCUGUGAUUCCAGUCCAAAACGGUUCUACGGCGGCAUUUUCUCUCAUUCUCCCGCCACAGUCACCGCUGCUUCUCAUCUCCGAUCCUCCGCGUAACGACGGCAAGUUCUUCAUCUCUGCCGUGCUAAGAUUCUCUAUGGACCAAUUGAAGUUUCAAAUAGAUGAAAUACUAAAUAAACUAAAAGAAAGAAGUUCCGGUCAAUCUGACCUUUUCGAAAUGAUCAGUAAAUUGGAGCAAGCAAAAUCUUGUUUGCUUGUUGAAGCUAUGGUGGCUGGUAAGGUGGCUCUGCAGGUGGCUGGUGGGGUGGCUGAUGACCAGCAGGUGGCUGGUGGGGUGGCUCUGCAGGUGGCUGGUGGGAUGGCUGAUGUUCUGCAGAUGGCUGGUGGGAUGGCUGAUGUUCUGCAGGUGGCUGGUGGGAUGGCUGAUGACCAGCAGAUGGCUGGUGGGAUGGCUGAUGUUCUGCAGGUGGCUGGUGGGAUGGCUGAUGACCAGCAGAUGGCUGGUGGGAUGGCUGAUGUUCUGCAGGUGGCUGGUGGGAUGGCUGAUGACCAGCAGGUGGCUGGUGGGAUGGCUGAUGUUCUGCAGGUGGCUGGUGGGAUGGCUGAUGACCAGCAGGUGGCUGGUUGGGUGGAUAAUGAUUUAAGAUGGAUGUAUUCAUGGGACUUGUGUGACGAUGACACAUUUGUUUGGAUGAGCCCUGCCCCCAUCCCUUGGUUUACCAAAAAUCUGGAAGAAGACAUUGAACGUGAUUCUCUAGAUAUCAAUCUUACUCUAGGUACCAUCUUACUGAAUGCGAGUCCUCCUACGUGCUUCUUAAAGUCGCCAAAAUUCUUUUCGGUAGGCAUGCCAGUCACUUUGACAAGUUCAAAGUUAACUGACAUUGUCACCUGUCCAGCGGUGCUUAUGAUUGCUGGGGAAGGAACCAGAUAUUCCAUACAUUGGCCAGUAUUAGGGCACAAGUUUGGACUUUAUUCUACGAUUCGUUUGUGGUAUCAGUGGAAAUCAUUUCCAUUUGGCUGGAAGCACAAGCUUUUUAUUACCAUUGAGUCAGUGUCUGCAGAAGCAGGUCCUUCUAAUCAAACCACUGGGAGAAAGAGAAGUAAUAUGCAGUAAUUGAGAAUGAAAUUGGGAUCUUGUCCUUCUAAUCAAACCACUGGGAGAAAGAGAAGUAAUAUGCAGUAAUUGAGAAUGAAAUUGGGAUCUUCUUAUUAUCCUCUUGUGGGAAGACUGAUAUACCCUGAUGGGGUUUAUAAUAGUAAAACAAAUGACUGUCAAUUUUAGUUUGAUAUGUAAUGGUUAAAACACUUGUGACUUACCAUUACAAUCUCAUGUUCAAUUUCACAAAAAAUUUAGAAACUAGACUAGGGGUUCAAAUUUAUCAAUCUUGCAAAUGCACAGCACUUUUCUCUUUCUUUG